AUGACUUCGUCCAUCUACUCGCCUGAACGCAAUCCGGAACGCGAGAGCGGAGAUUCGGAUGCUCAUGUUUGGACCGCCAAUAGCGCGACUAUAUCACCUCCAAGCAAGGGUAGAGCUGUAGAUGCGGCGAAGAUGUAUGGCGCUGAGAUUAAGAUGCCUACUGCACAAGCCAGCGUCGCUAGCUUCACCACGGCUGCCGAGACCAAGGCGGGUGUGAUGUUCCACGGAGACAGCAACCCAUAUACAAUAGCUGGUGUCCCGGACGUCGAGCCCGGAGAGAUCAAGAUGGAGGACCAUACGAGCAGGUCUUCCACACCACGAGCAAGCAUAGACGAUGUAGAUCGACUUGUCCAUUUCCGGCAGCGUGACCCAGACGCCUCGCUGGUCGCGCAGCUGCCCUCUCGCCAACCAAGCUUCAGGUCGAGAUCAGAAGGCUUCGAGCCUGCCCCUUUGGCCAACGCACCACACACAACCUCAGCAGCAGCAGACACAGGCUAUCUCUCUCGUUCUGCCAGCACGAAAAGCAGCAUAGGCGCACAUGGCAGGGCCAACACGGCGAAUCAACGCAUCUCCUACCCAAUCCCACAAGAAGGCUCAGAUGACCCCCAGCUGCUUUCCGACCCCAGGUUCCAAGACGCAUAUAUCUCGAACCCUGCACUCUCCCGAGCUCCACAAGCAAGAAGGCACGGCUUCCGCCAACGCUUUGGGCCAGCGCGGGAACAUGGGCUAGCACGAUCAGAGUCGCAGAAGUCGCAGCUGUCUUUCACGGAGGCUUUGCAGCUUCCACGUCAGGGGCAGGAGGAUGUUGACGUGUCGGGUAGUGCUGGCAGGCCUGUGGUUCUCGGUGAAGGGCUUGUGGGAGCUGAUGAUGGGAAGGGCGAGAAGGUAUACAUACCUGGCUCCCACCCGUUCGAAACCAUUCCUCUUUCAUCACCGACCAAGAUCAGCAAUCCAGUCCAUAAUAGCAACUGGUCAUCUACUGGUGGUAGCAACACUUCUCCUUCCGCCAACAACAUUUCAACUUUCUUCACCACUCUGAAUAACAACACUGUCAACGAUCCGUCAUCCCAGAAACCCAACAAGGAGAAGACGUGGAUGGGGUCCGCUAUGAUAGAGCCGAAGUGGCGCUCGAACCAGAGCAAGUCUCGUAUAUGCCGCUACAUUUGCAUGACCGUGGUGGCGCUGGCGAUAGUGUCCGCAGCAAUCAUUGGUCUGGGCACCUACGCCUAUAAGCAGCAUGUCGACGCUGAGCAGCACAAGGCCUCUCAUUCCAGCGUCAGCACCCCCUCGACAUCCGCCACUGUCUCCUCCCAAACUUCUUCUCCAAUGGUAGUCCCCACCACGACUCUCACGCCGUCCAUCACGAUCCCAUUGGCAUCCGCCACGUCGUCCCUUCCCACCACAGCUCCAGCUCCCACGACUCUGGUCACGGUCACCGUCCAGGCCGCUCCAACUGCCAUUUCGACCUCGGACACUUCAGUGACUCCAGUAACCCAUACCAUCGAACCGGCCAAGAAAUCGUUCUUCGCUCGCUUGAACGUCUUCGCUCGUGGCCCAUUCUAUCAGCCCGUUGGAGGUGGUAGUCCCUCUGGAACAGAUGCUGGGACAGGUGCAGGCUCUAGCACAAACAGCAGUUUACCUGCGAACCAUGGCGGUAUCAGUAGGCAUUCGACUCCUGGUGGCGACCAAGACCCCCCGUACCCUGACAGUAGUCCCGAGUACCCUCCAGCCGCCGAAGAUCCCAUAAGCAGUAAUCCUAUGGAAGGCAGUGCAGGCCCACCCCCAAUCGACCCCAAUCAGGGGAGCACAAAGAGUAGGAAGCCCAGCUUUGGUGUUCUGUCCUCCACGACGACAGCCCCCAUUGAUGAUCCCUACAGCCAGGGUUCGGGCACGGGCGACCCCAAUGACUCGCUUGGUGGCGCAACGGGUACCGGUCAGCAGAGUGGCAAGAAUUCGUACGCCGGUACGACUGGCACUGGUCCAAAUGGCGACAAGAACGCGUACAAUGAUCCGACUCAGGAUGAGGAUCCUUACAGCGGCGAUGGUCAGGAAGCAGGAUCUAAACCAGCGUCCAAAUACGGUGAUGCUGGAGAUGGUGGUCUCGGAGGCAAUGGAUAUGACGAUCCGACUGACAAAAGCGCAUCUGACGAUGAUUACGGACCUAACAAUGACUAUGAUCCCACAGGAAUGGACCAAAAGUAUGGCGGUCAGAGCGGUCCUCAAGGCUUGGCUGGUCAAGAUUCUACCGGCAGUCUCAAUCCAUAUGGCAAGCCCUCUUCUGGUACGCACAAUCCAGCUUCAUCGCUCGGUUCGGAUCAGUACGACCCAGCUGCAAAUGGCUUGGGCGGAGGCGCUGGCGAUGACAAAUAUAGUGCAGGAGGAGCAGGAAGCGAUUCGCUAGGAGCCAACAGCGCUGGUCAAUAUGCCCAAGGCAAUGAUAACUCCGGACUUGGUGGCCUAAAUGGUGCGAGCCAGAAGAGCUCGCAGCUCCCGGAUUAUGGUGAAGAGGGUGGCUCAAGACUGCCCAAUGGACCUGGCGUAUCUAGUGGUCCAGGGAGCGAGCCUCAUCCUGUUUCCAGUGUCACUGUCAGCGGCAGCGGUGGCGGCAGCAGUCGAUCUAAGACAAGCCAGAAGUCUAGCAGCGAUGGCAGUGUUGGGACAGGCUCGACCGACCCCAACUCAAAGAAGCGCAACAUUCCCCGUCAAGCCCCUGGUGGUGGUAGUGGUUCUAGCUACAGCUCAAGCUCCGCCUCCAACGCAGGCGGUGCAUCGGCUGCUGGCUCCGUGAAUUCCGCAAGCCAGGACACUGCAAGCGCUGGAAGUGAUCCCAACAGCCUCGCUGGCGGCUCAAGUGGCUCUAAGCACAAAGCAUCUUCCGGCUCGAGCAGCAUGUCAAACCCAAUGUCUGGCGCUGCUGGCGAUGAUGAGAGUAGUGCAUCUUCCGACCUAGGCUCAAGUGACCCACAGACUGGUAGCUCUGGUACCUCUCCGGCUACUGAUAAGGCGUACUCUGGUGGAGCUAGCUCAAAACCGCCUAUGUCUGGCGCAGGCUCUAGCGGGGGCCAGGGUAGUAGUCAGCAGGGCUAUGGUCAGGGUGGCGAUCAGAGCUUCGGUCAAGGUUCGAAUGGCCAAGGGUUUGGGCUGAACCCUGAUGGUAUAUAUGGCGGAGCUGGUCAGACUGAUCUGUUCUCUGACUCCGAUGAUGGCUUUUCGGGGGGUUCGAGCCAGGGAGGCACAAGUGGUCUCGGUGGCUACAGCGGUGGUAGUGACGGCGGAAUGGAUGGGAAGAACGCUCAAGGUGGUGAUGGUCUCGGAGGCGAUGCCGACCCUGGCGAAGGCAGCAGCGAUCCAGGUGAAGGCGGGUAUGAUACCAAUGGAGAGGGCGGCAACCCGUACACCCCGGGCGGCUCUAGCGAUCCUUACAAUUCCGGGGGCACAGGUACGCCCAGUCCAUACAGCAAAUCUACUACCAGUCAACGCUCGUAUUAUGGCGACAAUAGUCUUCCCGGGGGUGGUGCUGGUGACAACAGCUAUGGCGGAGGCAGCUCAGGUGACGAUGAGCUGGGAGUCGGAGGAGGAGGCAGUGACGGCAGCUUUGGAGGUAAUGCAGGCGGCGCUGGCUCGAACAACGGCAUGGGUCCCAAUUCCCAAGCUCCUCCAAAAUCCAGCAAGAGCUACGGCACGAAUCCAGCAGGCAGUCUUCCUUCCAGUUCAGCAAGUAGUGCAGGUGGUGCAGAUGGUGCAGGCUCUGCGUCUCCGGGCGCUGACUCUCAGGGUUCUGACUCUUUCGGCUCAACACCUGGAGGCGACGGAUCCGCUCGCUCAAGCAAGCCUCAACCCGAUUCUCGUACAUCUUCUGGCGCUACGUAA